AUGAGCUCAAUUAUUUUGUGCAGGCUAAUAUUUGGUGCAUAUCUUUUCCCGUUAGUUGCACACGGUUCCUCCCCGAAUGAAUGUUACGAAUGCUUCACCCAUACGUCAUGGGAAGACUGCUUCAACAAAACAAUUUCAAGAACUUGUGAACGGGGUGAUUAUAUGUGUAUAAAAGGCAAGAUCUCAUUCUCAAAAAAUUCCAAGACAGAGCACAUAUUCUUCAAAACCUGCGCAAACGGGAAUGAAUGUAUGACUUAUGAGAAAGAUGGAACCCAGGUCCCUACAUGUCAGGAUAAGAAGAGGCAGGGUUACUCAGUCGAGUGUUCGGUCACGUGCUGCGAAGAUGACAAAUGUAAUGGUGCUGUGCAGGGACAAAGGGUCAGCGGUCUGUUGAUGUUUGUUUCAUGCGUACUAGCUGCUAAGAAGUUGAUAUGGUCAUAG